AUGGAUAUGUCCCAUAUGACAAUGUCCAUGUCCACGGCGACAUCGACCGGAAUGUCCAUGGCCACAUCAACCUCCUCCAUGGACAUGGACAUGUCAGACUCCAGUAUGUCAAUGAGCAUGGCAGACAUGGCCAUGACCUUCUUCGUCUCCUUCAAAACACCUCUUUUUUCGACCGAAUGGACGCCAGGCACGAAAGGACAAUACGCCGGUACUUGCAUUUUCAUCAUCGCACUGGCUGUGAUCAUGCGGGUGCUUCUUGCUUUGAAACCAAUUCUCGAGGGUCGCGUCUGGACGGAUAGUGUUCACGAUCACAUGCCUGAGCUACAGUCACACAUUGAAGCGGGCAAGCCUCCUCAGAACCCGUCGGGGCUACGAUCGAGCAUGCAGGAGGUCAGUCACCGCUGGUCUUCAUGGCGGGUGAACCCCGCGGCGGGGAGGGCGACAUUCGAGCUUGUCACAGCCGGUGUGGCUUAUCUACUCAUGUUAGCGGUGAUGACGAUGAAUGUGGGGUAUUUCAUGUCGGUGCUCGCGGGUGUCUGGCUGGGAACUUUCAUGCUGGGCAGCAUCGCAGCUGAUAGCAGAUGGAGGCAUUGA